AUGUAUACAGUAGACUUGUCAACAGAUCCCAAGGAGAUGGCAGCCAUUGAGGCUAGAAAAAAUCGAGAAAAGGAUCGACAGAGCCGAUUCUUCAAUGUGCGGAACCGAGUCAUGGGGGUGGAUGUUGAAGCACUAAACAGCCAGGUUGCAGAGCAAAAGCUUCGGAAGGCGACAGAGCGGAGCAGGGAUGCAGCUUAUGGUACUGACCAGGUAGAGUAUGAUCUAGUAGCCCAAAUGUUAGAGAAGCAACAAGGAGAAAGGACACGUCAGUUCGCCAAGAAAAUCCAGGAGUUUCGGGAGCAGAAGCAGCAGCCCAAGAACAGACGUGAAUUUGACCUUUGGGAUCCAAACAGACUUCAGAAGGAGUUUCCAGCCUGCCUUGGUGACAGUGAUCCCCAUUGCGGCCCAGCCAGCCUCCAGUGCUUCUCUCGGGAGGAUACGGACAGGGCUACAAUCCUGAGAAUGCAGCAAGACCAGUUUAGGUACAGCCUGGAGAGGCAGCUACAGGAGCAACAGCAAGCCAGAUUUGAUGAGAAGUGUGCAGAUAUGUUUAAUGACCAGCUGUGCCUAGGCAUGGACAUACGGACUACCCACCUGGCCAAGCUGGAAGAGUCAUGUCGAAUGGCCAUGAUGUCUGCCAUAGCCAACGUCAACAAAGCCCAGGUAGAGGAGCUGGCUGAGCGGCAGCGCCGUGAGCAUCAGCAUGAACAGGAGGCCAACUGUCUGGAUAUCCAGAACCAGAUCACAAGUGACCUGCUGACUGAGAACCCAAAAGUUGCCCAAAACCUUCUGUCUCACCACCGGGUCCUGCCAUAUUGCUGGAAGGGCAUGACUCCAGAGCAGCGAGCUGCCAUCAGGAAAGUACAAGAGGUACAGCGCUGUGAAAAGGAGGCACAGCGCCAGGCUGAACAAGCACUGGAUGCUAAAUGGGAAAGCCAGAUCAUGCGCUCGGCCCAGGCAGCACUGGAGCUGGAGCAGCAGGAGAGGGAACUGUGUGCUGAAUUUCGGAAGGGGCUGGGAUCCUUCAAUCAGCAGCUGGCUAAGGAGCAAAAAGCCCAGCAGAAUUAUCUGAAUACAAUAAUCUAUACCAACCAACCUACAGCCCAAUAUCACCUACAGUUCAAUACCAGCAGCCGCUGA